AUGGAAGCGAGACACUUGUCAUUUGCUGGCAGAUUGACCUUAGCUAAGUCGGUCUUGGGGAGUAUAUCGGCUUAUUAUCUUUCUCUGUUCUUGGGCCCAAAGUGUAUAAUCAACAAGAUAGAUAGGAUCAGAAGGGAUUUCAUUUGGGGAAUUUUGGAUACGAGAAAGAAAUUUAGAUGGGUCAGGUGGGAUUCUAUGAUGCGGUCGAAGAAGUCCGGUGGCCUGGGAGUCGGGAGAAUCAGAGACGUUAACCUUGCUAUGCUGACUAAAUGGUGGUGGAGAUUCAAAGCGAAUCCGAACCAACUUUGGGCUCUAGUUAUUGGUUCGGUUCACAAGUACAACUCGGGGGACCAGCUUAUUCCGGUAUCCAAAUCGGUCCCCGGGGUUUGGAAGGAUAUAGGUUGCAUGGAUCCAGAACUUCAUAAGCUGGGAAGUGAUAUAAAGCAGAAUCUGAUCGAGAAUAAUGGCAUCUGGAAAUGGCGGUCUAGCUCAGACGAUAACUUCUCGGUUAAACAGGUUCGAAGCGAUUUGGAAGACAAUCUGGGGGCCGAUUCGGGCUGUAUUCUGGGCUUUGAUUGGAUCUCUUGGGCCCCUCCCAAGGCCAAUCAUCUUUUGUGGAGAGCAACUCGCAUUAAGAUCGCGUCUAAUGUCGGUUUAGCCUGUAGAGGUAUUACUUUCGCCGAUGUAUCUUGUCCUCGCUGCGGUUUAGGUGAAGAAGAUUCAGACCAUAUUUUCUUUAAUUGUUUGUGGGAAAAAAACAUAUGGUGGAACAUUUUCUCCUGGAUUUGGAUUCGGUUUCCUAUUCAAUGUGGAAGUAUGGAUAAUUUGUUUAGAUACAUUAAAGAGGUCCGAGGAGGAAAGGUAUGGAAGAAAUUGGUUCGCUCUAUAGUGAUGGCUACUGUAUGGAGUAUCUGGAGCGCUAGAAACGCGAAAGUGUUUGAAGAUAGAUUCCCAUUAUGA